AUGAUGGAUGAUGAGGAGGCUGAUUUGCGUGAACAGAUAUUUCACAAUAAUGUUAGGGAACAAAUUAUUUUCUUGCUGCUAUUUAUAUUAUUAUAUCUCUUUUCGUUUAUGCUGAUUGAGAAGUUCCGACGUCGAGAUAGCGAAGACUAUUUCACAGCUGAUGAGGAUGAAGUUAAAGUGUACCGUAUCAGUCUAUGGUUGUGCACUUUUGCUUUAGCAGUUUCAUUGGGUUCUGCACUCCUGCUGCCAGUGUCAAUAGUCAGCAAUGAAGUGCUCAUUUUGUACCCAAAUAGUUACUAUGUUAAAUGGCUUAAUAGCUCUCUAAUACAAGGACUUUGGAACCAUGUAUUCCUGUUCUCAAACCUUUCAUUAUUUGUCUUUUUGCCAUUUGCGUACUUGUUUUCUGAGUCAUCUGGAUUUCCUGGAUAUCGGGGACUGCGGGCAAGGGUGUAUGAGACAUUCAUAGUACUGGCUUUAUUAGGUGUGACAAUGCUAGGCUUAGCAUAUGUUAUAUCUGCGUGGUUGGAAGGAGACCGAUCCAGUAUUGAUGCUUUGCUAAAUUUAUGGACCUAUUUGCCUUUUUUGUAUUCCUGUGUGUCAUUUGUUGGUGUCUUAAUGUUACUGGGUAAGUUUUAUAUUAUUAAUAGUUUAGAAAUAUUUUAG